CAAUUGAUUUCUUCUUAUGAGCGUGCAAACCAAUUUCUGGAAUCUGAAUUGAGUAAGGCUUUAGAGUGGCGAAGGGGAAUUUUGGUAAAUAGGCAAAAGAUGAUAGAAAAAAAGGUGAAGCUAAAUCAGUAUAUUCAAAAAUUGGAUACUUUGAGGGACAAUUGGAACUCAAUUAACAUUGAAAAAAUAAAACAGGCAAAUGAAAGUCUUAGGCUUCAUGGAGACAAGAAGACAAAUAUCAAGCAAAGCAUAUCAGACCUGUCUAAAUUGGUUAGUCACAAAACUAAGAAUGUUUCAGAUAAAAAGUUGAGAAAAGAGAGGCUCCUUAGAGAAGUUGAAUCCUUGAGAAAGCAAGUUUCAAGCUCGACUGUUCCUACCAAAACUGAUUUGAAAACUUUAAUGUCUCAGCUGAACUCUCUUGAAGCGUUGAAGUCAAUCAAGUUGUUACCUGGUGCUUCUAUAACUUUGCUUCUUUUAGAUAAACUCAAAGCUGUAUUCAUCAAAAGAGGUGAUGAUAUGUAUGAAGUUGA